AUGACACACCUUCCUAGCCUUGGUUGGUUGGAGCUAGAGAGACACCUAUCUCAAGCUGAACCUCCUAGAAUUCGGAAUUGGGAUUUGAUAAUAGUUGGAGAAACUGCUGUGUUUUGCCUACAACUAGCCACAAGGGAUUUUGAAAACCAGGAAAAAACUAUUUUAACUGGAGACUGUUGCUAUAUAAACCCACUGGUCCGCCGAACUGUCCGAUUUCUUGGAAUUUAUACAUUUGGACUAUUUGCUACAGAUAUCUUUGUAAAUGCUGGACAAGUAGUUACAGGGAAUCUGGCACCACAUUUUCUUGCCCUGUGUAAGCCCAACUACACGGCACUUGGAUGUCAGCAGUAUACACAGUUCAUCAGUGGGGAAGAGGCCUGCACGGGCAACCCCGAUCUCAUCAUGAGAGCAAGGAAAACAUUUCCAUCCAAAGAAGCAGCUCUCAGUGUCUAUGCAGCUAUGUAUCUGACAAUGUACAUUACCAACACAAUCAAAGCCAAAGGAACCAGACUUGCUAAGCCGGUUCUGUGCUUGGGAUUAAUGUGUUUGGCCUUUCUUACUGGACUCAACAGAGUAGCAGAAUAUCGAAAUCAUUGGUCAGAUGUGAUAGCAGGCUUUCUGGUUGGAAUAUCUAUAGCAGUAUUUCUGGUCGUGUGCGUGGUAAAUAAUUUCAAAGGAAGACAGCCAGAAAACGAACAUAUACACAUGGAUAAUCUGGCACAGAUGCCAAUGAUCAGCAUUCCUCGAGUAGAAAGUCCUUUGGAAAAGAACCACAUCACCGCCUUCGCGGAAGUCACAUGAUAUUGAAGCAGAUGGUUUUUCACUGCACUGGACAUCAUCUCUUUUUACCAUCCAUCCAUAACACCCAAAGUUUGUUUGAUUAUAAAAGAAGUUUAUAAAGCUGUCUAAUAAUUUUUAUAAUUUUAAAAUCAAUGUCAACCUAUCUGUUUCCCCCACUAGACUGUGAGCUCCUCCAGGGCAGGACUGUGUCUUUCUUCUUUGUAUCCCCAGCACCUACAACAAAACUUAGCACAAAGUAGGUGUUCAAUAAAAAUGUGAUGGCCAUAUGAACAAAUUAAUUCUUAAAUAAAACAUUCACUUUAGUUUCUCACAGAACCACUGCAACUGUGUGAAAAGAAACCUCUGCGGGAAUCUCAUUUGUAUAAGAAAACUCUCUAUUUGGGGCUAGUGAAGCUUUUUAAUUUUUCAUAUAUCUAUUCAGCAGUAUGCCAUAUUUAAUUUGAAGUGGAUUUUGAAAGUCAUGGGGGCUUUUACUUUAUUAUUCAGCAUGACAUUAUUUCCAUUUUAACAGGUUUCAGUGUGUGAAGUUACUUUACUUUUAAAAAGUAAGUUCUAUACUAAAUUAAUGUUUGCACAUUAUAUUAUGCUAUAUUUCACUUAAAAUAUCAUUCAUACUAUACAUUCUAAGACUGGUGCUUCUGCUUUUGAAGGGGAAAAUGCCAAUUUUUACUGUAAUAAGUAAUGUAUCAUAAUUAAAAAAUAUUUAUUUGGACUUUUUCUCCUGACAGUUGUGGUUUAAUUGUUUACUUGCAGUUUUUGAAUGCAGGCAGUAUUUAGGAUAGUUUAAAUGAGUAAAUCCAGCAAUGGUAUCUAAUUAUUCAAUAAUUUUCCAUUGGUAACAGUGUCUCAAGACUAGUCAAAGGCUCCAUUCUUGGGCUUUUUUACUAGUCAAGAUUCCACAUAAUUUAAAUGGAAAAGAACCAUACCCUGACACAUAAUUUAAAUUAUAUAAAUACUAGAAAUGUGGUCAAUGUAUUUACCUUUGCAUUUGUGUAGUACUUUAUAGUUACAAAGUUCAAUUACAUUUAUUAUUUUAUUUCAGCUUCACAAUUAACCCCAUGUAAAUGUUGAGUAUGGCUUUAUUCUAUAGAUGAGAAAAUUGAAGCCAAGACAGGGUAAAAACAUGCCCAAUCCCACACAACUAGUAAGAGGCAGAGUUAACACUUAAGUAAAGGUUUUCUGACCCUUUCAAAUAUACCACAGCUGCAUAUUGGACACCCAGGCUUUCAGAGGUCAGUAGCCCUGAGCAACUACCUAUGUUUUAAAAAAUAAAGAAAUGCAAAAAUAGAGUUACAAAAGCUCUGCUGUAUUUUAAAUGUUUACUCUUUAAGAAUGAAUACUUCUCAAAUAUACAACUAGAUAGUAACCUAUUUAUAAUUCUAUUUUUAAAAUAAUUAAUGUCAAGAUAAGAACUGAGGCCCUUUGUAAAAGCGAAGCCUCAAUCAAAUGUUUCUCCAUCUGUCCUCACCCCCAGGGCCCAGACCUCCACUCAGCAGAGGGCCAGAGGGACAUACCUUACAUUGAGCAUGUGGAAUUAAGAAUGAAAAUCACCAUAGUAUAAGGAAGGGGAGCUCCUCAACAAUAACUUUGCAAUCUUUAAAGCUACUCUAAGUAACUUUGGCUUCCAUGAGCAGUAGUUAAUUAACUCAAAUGAAUCUUUCUAGCUUUGACAGUAUUAAAGAAAGUAAACUUUUAGUUUUCUCUAUAAUUUCAACAGAAAUAAGCAAAUAAAUAUAACCAAAGACUUGUCCAUUAUUCCCAGAAUAGAUGUCACAUGUCACUUCUACUAGGGCCAGAAACAGAAAAGCCAUGUUUCCACCAAUUUCAGACCUCUACAGCAAUUCAAUUCUGUUGGAAAUUUAGACUAUGAAAAAGCUUUCAAUGCCUUGAUUCUCUUCAAAGGCUUUUUUAGGCAAUAACAGCAAUGGAGGAUUUACUCACUAGGAAUGGAAGUGGGAGAUGAUCAUAAUGUCUUAAAAGGCAGGAUUACCAGUAAGUAUUCUAGAGUUUGAUCAUUUCUAUUGGUUCUACAUCAUUUUUCCAAGGAACCAAGCAGGAAUGUCUUUCCUGUUGGAAGCCUUGGCUGUAUAUUAGUCUGUCUGUGUUGUAUCUUUGCACCUUGCUAAACCUGGUCUGUAUGCAGGAGUUAUAAAUUCCUCAAAAACCCAGACUUAACCCAGGAUCAGAGUAAGAUCAUCUCUAAUAUUUAAACAUCAUGGCCCCACCGUUGUGUAAUGAAUGAUCCUGUCGUGAAGAAAAUUCAGAAAGAAAAAAAAAAAAAAGAAGAUAUGAGGGUACUUCAAAAAAUUUGUGGAAAACAGAAUUAAGAAAAUAGGAAUCUUUUCAUGAACUCUUUGAAGACCCCUCAUACAUGUGAAUAAGGCAAAAGCCAGCAAAGAGCCCUUAACCAUGAUGCUGUUACUGAGAAUAAUGAAAAACACAAAUAAGAAAAUAUUGUGUAAAUAUGUACAAACAUAGUCUAGUAGAAGCAAACAAACACAUAUCUUUCUGAUAAAGACAUCUCCAUUUUAGUCUACUUACUUGGGGCCCAGGUCAGUAUAAAUUGGUCAACCUGAAAAUUUCAGUAGUCUCUGUUUGCAUGGCAGAAAUUCUGCACAUGUUUUAUCUGAUUCCUAAGAAACUUAAAAGGCUCUUUUAUGUUAAAAGAGAGGUGAAACUUCUUUGACAGACUUUGUCUAUUCCACUUUUAACUGGGCCUCUCUUUUCUCAGGAUCUAUCCUAGCCAAAUAUCUCAGUUAUAUUUACCGUACGUUUUCUUUGUGGAAGAGCAGUAGGGGAGGAAAUAAUUCUCUGCUGUGUAUUGUAUUUUUCAAAUAAAAUUUUAAAAAUUAAAUUUAAAAAAA